AUGGAGGCUAUAGCCAAACACGAUUUCACUGCAACUGCUGAUGAUGAGCUCAGCUUUAGAAAGAAUCAGGUUCUUAAGAUACUGAACAUGGAGGAAGAUAUGAAUUGGUACAGGGCUGAAUUAGACGGAAAAGAAGGACUUAUUCCUAGUAAUUAUAUACAAAUGAAAAGUCACAGUUGGUAUUACGGUAAAAUCACAAGAGCUGAUGCAGAAAAACUUCUAGCGAAUAAACCAGAAGGUGGUUUCUUGAUAAGAAUCAGUGAAUCAAGCCCAGGAGACUUCUCCUUAUCUGUCAAAUGUCCCGAUGGCGUACAACAUUUCAAGGUGCUUCGGGAUGCUUCCAGCAAAUUCUUCCUGUGGGUUGUAAAGUUUAAUUCUCUGAAUGAACUAGUCGACUAUCACCGUACUGCAUCAGUCAGCCGCCUUCAAGAUGUCAAGCUUAGGGAUGUUGUGCCCGAAGAGAUGCUUGUGCAGGCGCUUUACGACUUCACGCCACAGGAAGCCGGCGAGCUUGAAUUUAGACGUGGUGACGUCAUUACUGUCACCGACCGCAGUGAUCAACAUUGGUGGCAGGGCGAGAUCGCGCACCGCCGCGGGCUGUUCCCGGCGUCGUACGUGACGGCGUACCACUCAUAG